AUGCCUGAUAAUGAUAUUGAUGAUUCGGAUCCAUUUAAAAAGGAUUCAAUUAAAAAAUCCGAUAGACAAAUAAAAAAUACAGUAAGUUCUAAUUCUUCAGUAAGUGAUGUUAACCAGGAUAUUAAUUUAGAAAAUGAUAAUAAUGAUAAAAGAGACGAUAGUUUCGAAGAAGGAGGAAUAAAAUUUGAUGAUAUUUAUAUUCCUCCUCCUCCUGCUACUGCAUUCCAAGCAAAUCCUGACGGUUCAAGACUUAUAAUUACACAUAUUGUAAAUGAAAAUUUUAAAAGUUAUGCAGAUGUUCAAGAGUUGGGACCUUUUCAUAAAUAUUUCACAGCAAUAAUUGGGCCAAAUGGUAGUGGUAAAAGCAACGUUAUAGAUUCAAUGUUGUUUGUGUUUGGAUAUAGAGCUAGUAAACUUAGGUCAAAAAAAAUAUCAGCUUUGCUACAUGAUUCUCCAAAUCAUGCAAAAGUUACCAGUUGCACUGUUACUGUUCAUUUUGCAUUAAUGAUUGAUAUCCCGGAUGAUGUUGAUGCUUUCGAAUUAAAACCUGGAAGUGAAUUUUACAUAUCCAGAACUGCUUGCAUAGAUAAUUCUUCUUAUUACACUAUAAGUGGAAAAAAAGUUCAAUUUAAAGAGGUUGGUAAAUUACUAAGAAAGCAUGGGAUCGAUCUUGACCACAAUAGGUUUUUAAUACUUCAAGGUGAAGUCGAACAAAUUUCACUGAUGAAACCGAGAGCUGAAAAUGAACAUGAUGUUGGAAUGUUGGAAUAUUUGGAGGAUAUUAUUGGUAGUUCUAGAUUUAAGGAACCCAUUGCUGAACUUAUAAAAAGAGUUGAAAUUCAAUCAGAAAUUAGAGAUGAAAAAUGGAACAGAUGUAAAAUGGUUAAAAACGAACUUGAAGAAUUGAAAACUCCUAUGGAAGCAGCUUUAAAAUAUGUUCGACUUGAAAAUAGUAUCACAUUUUUAAAUCAUAAAUUGUUGCAAAAAAAAAUAUUUCUCGGAGAAAAAGAUAAUGAAAAGAAAAACGAAAUGUUAAAAAGCAUCGAAGAAAAGCUGAAAAAACUUAAACAAUGUUUAGACACAAAAAGAAAAGAAAUUAAGGAAAUGGAAGCAUCUAACAGUGAUAAAAUUAAAGAACUUGAACGAUUAACUACAUUGAAAGAAAACAUUAAAGCAAUGUUUGAUUCGAAUAAGUUAAACGAUAUUGCAUUGCAACAAGCUGUGGAAAAUGCUAAUAAAAAAAGGAAAGAAACUACUAAAGCUUUGACUGCCGAAGAAGAAAAGAAAGUAAAACUUGAAAAGUCUUCUGUUAAAAAUGAGCAACUUAUACUCGAGUUGGAAGAAUUAGAGCCUAAAUUAGUCGAAGAAAGGCAAAUUGCUCAAGAAAAACAUGAAGAAAUUAUAAAAAGUUUAGCUCAAGAUACUCAAUCCCUCCAGGAAGAAAAAGAAUCACUUCAAUCGGAGUUAGUCGAGUUAAAAAAGGUUGUUGAUAAAACAAAAUCAAAAUACGACAUGUCUAAAACAGAACUUAAUUUAUAUAAAAGUCAGGAAGAAAACGAAAAAUCCAAAUUGACCGAAUUUAAAAAACGAUUUGAAGAAACUACGCAAGAAUUAAAUGCUCGGGAAGAAGAAAUGAAAAAACUGUGCAAGGAAAUUCCUUACAAGGAACAAAAAAUAAAAAAAUCUCAAGCGGAACUUAUUAAUAUUAAACAGGAGGAAAAUCAUUUAUCCGAAGAAAGGAGGAAACAUCAAUUAAAAGUUGAAGAAGUCAGAGUCGCUCUUCAUUCCAAUCGAGGACGUGGUAAAGUAUUAGAUGCUCUCAUGCAACAAAAAUUAGAAGGAAAAAUUCCGGGAAUAUUUGGAAGAAUGGGAGAUUUAGGGGGAAUCGAUGAAAAAUAUGACGUAGCCGUCAGCACUGCUUGCGGUCCUUUAGAUAAUAUUGUCGUGGACACCGUAGACACGGCGACAGCUUGCAUUCAAUAUUUAAAAGAAAAAAACAUUGGUUCGGCUACGUUUGUCGCAUUGGAAAAACAGGAACGUUUUAGAGAAAUUUACUCGAGGCCAUUUCGCUCUCCCGAAAAUGUACCUAGAUUAUUUGAUUUGAUAAGGGUUGCCGAUGAAAGAGUCAAACCAGUGUUUUACUACGCAUUACAAGACACUUUGGUCGCUAACAAUUUAGAUCAAGCCGUGAGAAUAGCCUACGGGAAAACUCGUUACAGGGUUGUUACACUAACCGGUGAUCUUAUUGAAAUUGCUGGUACAAUGACCGGAGGAGGAAAUCAAGUAUUUAGAGGUCGAAUGGGAAGAAAAGCAGAAUCACAAUCGGACGUUAAUCCGAAAGAAUUCGAAAGAAUGGAAAGAAAUUUAGAAGAUGUAAACAAAAAACUAUCGGAAUACAGGAAUAGAAUUAAUUUGCUCGAAGAGGAAACGAUUAAUUCCGAAAACGAAUUAAAAACAUUAAUACCUAAAAAGAAUAAAUUAGAAAUUGAAAUUCAAUCAUUGAAAAGUCAAGUUCCCAUGAUACAAGAACAAAUUAAAAAUCAAGUAAUUAAAUGUAAAGAAUCGACAUUGGAUCAAAAGAAGUUGAAAGAAUUGGAUAAGGCCGUCAUUGCUAACGAAAAAGAUUAUGAAAAAGCCAAGGGAGAAGCAGACGUUAUCGAGAGUCAAGUAAAUAAACUUCAUUCCGAAAUAAUUGCGAAAACUAAAGGCCGCCUCGAAUCCGCACAAAAAAAAUUAGAUGACGUCACUCAAAAAUUAGAAAAACUUCGAAAAGAGAAAACGAGUUUAAAAGUUGCCAUAACGACGGGAGAAAGAAACCUUAAAAAAAUGCAGGAUAGAAUUGUUAGAAUGAAACAGGAAAUCGAAGAAAGCGCGGAAAAAAUUAAAAAAUCAGCCGCAGAACUUAAAGAAAACGAAAUUAAAGCGCAAAAAACAUUGGAAGAGUUUCAAAGUUGCGAAGAAGAAUUACAGGCUCUUCAAGAAGAAAAUUCAGAAAAGAAACAAGAAAUGGAUGCUUUACUCGAAGAAGAAAAUAAAUUGAAAGCAGAAGAAAUAGAUUUGAAACAAGAUUUACAGAAAGCUAAAAACGAAGUCGAACAAAGAUUAUUGAAAAUAUCAACGGACAGGAAAAGAAUGCAAUCGUUGAAACUUAUCGAAGAGCCGUUAAACGAAGAAAAAAUGGAAUUGAAAAUUCUCACCGACGAAGAAAUGGAGGAAACCGAUAUGGAGGAUUUAAUGAACGAUAUUAAAAAUAAAGAAGGGAGCCUUCCGAAAAACAGUCCCAAUUUGGGAGUCAUUCAAGAAUAUACAAAAUUACAAAAUGUUUAUUUGGACCGUGAAAAAGAUUUGGAAAAGGCGACGAACGAAAGAAACAAAACUCGAAACGCACUCGAAGAAUUUCGAAAAACUCGUUUAACGGAAUUCAUGAAAGGUUUCAGCGUCAUUUCUCAAAAAGUAAAAGAAUGUUAUCAAAUGUUGGCGGACGGAGGGGAUGCAGAAUUAGAAUUGGUUAAUACCCUGGAUCCGUUUCUCGACGGGAUAAGGUUUACGGUUCGGCCGCCUAAAAAAUCGUGGAAAGAAAUUCAAUAUCUUUCGGGCGGAGAGAAAACUUUAUCGUCACUAUCGUUGAUAUUUGCUCUUCACUAUUACAAGCCGACUCCUCUGUAUUUUAUGGACGAAAUCGAUGCCGCUUUGGAUUGGAAAAACACAGCCAUUGUCGGACUCUACCUGAAAGAACAAACGAAAAAUGCUCAGUUUAUUGUCGUGUCGCUAAGGGAAAACAUGUUUGAAAUUGCCGAUCAACUUGUCGGCAUAUACAAAACAAAUAAUUGUACAAAAUCCGUUACAAUAAUCCCGCACACGUACACGGAUCUCGUCGAUGAAGAAAUUUCAGCCGAAUGCCCCGCCUAA